AUGGGACCUCUGCGAGAACUCACUCCUCCAAGCAAUAUGAAAGCUCAGAAAGGAAUCGUCGGAAUAUUCAUUUACGGCAGACCUGCUUUCUUUCUCUCUCUCUUCUGUUUCAAUUAUAUUCUCUCUCUCUCUUCUUCUUCUCUUUCACUUCUAUUCUCUCUCUCUCUCUUCUUCUCUUUCACUUCUAUUCUCUCUCUCUUUUCUUCUCUUUCACUUCUAUUCUCUCUCUCUCUCUUUUUCUUCUCUCUCUCUCUUCUUCUCUUUCACUUCUAUUCUCUCUCUCUCUUCUUCUCUUUCACUUCUAUUCUCUCUCUCUCUCUUCUUCUCUUUCACUUUAUUCUCUCUCUCUUCUUCUCUUUCAUUCUCUCUCUCUCUUUCUUUCUUUCACUUCUUUCUCUCUCUCUUCUUCUCUUUCUUUGGAACUCUCUCUUCUUCUCUUUCACUUCUAUUCUCUCUCUCUCUCUUCUUCUCUUUCACUUCUAUUCUCUCUCUCUCUUCUUCUCUUUCACUUCUAUUCUCUCUCUCUUUCUUCUCUUUCACUUCUAUUUCUCUCUCUUCUUCUCUUUCACUUCUCUCUCUCUCUCAUUUUUUCUCUUUCAUUCUAGGUCUCUCUCUCUUUUUCUUUUUCUCUUUCCUUUAUUCUCUUUCUCUCUCUUCUUAUCUUUCCUUUAUUCUCUCCUCUUCUUCUUCUUUCAUUCUAUUCUCUCUCUUCAUCUUCUCUUUCACUUCUAUUCUCUCUCUCUCUUUUCUUUCUUCUUUCUCUCUCUCUUCUUCUUUUCUAUUUCAUCUCUAUUCUCUCUCCUUAUUCUUCUUCUUUUCCUUCAUUCUCUCUCUCUUCUUCUUUUUCUAUUCUCUCCAUCUUCUUCUUCUUCUUUUCACUUUUUUUCUCUCUCUUUUUCUCUCUCAUCUUCUAUUCUCUUUUCUCUCUCUCUUCUCUUUCACUUCUUGACUCUCUCUCUCUUCUCUUUCCUUCUAUUCUCUCUCUUCUUCUCUUUCACUUCUAUUCUCUUUUCUUCUUCUCUUUCACUUCUAUUUUCUUUCUUCUCCUUUCCUUCCUAUUCUUUUCUCUCUUUGUCUUCUCUUUCUUUGUUCUAUUCUUCUCUUCUUCUCUUUUCUUCUCUUCUAUUCUCUUCUUCUUCUUUCAUUUCUAUAUCUCUCUCUCUUCUUCUCUUUCUUCUAUUCUCUCUCUCUUUGACUUUCCUUCUAUUCUCUAAAUCUUCUUCUUUCAUUCUUCUCUCUCUCUCUCUUCUUCUGUUCUUUCUUUCUCUCUCUCUUUAA